UUCUAGACGCGUGCUGACGUGUUUUUCCUUGCAACCAGCCAUGGGCAUGCUGUCAGCCCUGGUGCACCUGGUGAUUCUGCCAGCACUUUGCGCUCAGCCAGUGCAUCAAUGGACGGUGCAACGUGGCGGUUCACGCGAUGAUAGAGGCCAUGCGCUGCAGGUGGACGCCUCCGGAAACGCCUGGGUGGCCGGCGACACAUUCAGCUCCCUGGAUGGCCACACCAAUGCGGGUAUCAGCAGCGCGGACGUUUUCCUCAUGAAGUUCGACCACGCCGGAGUCCACCAAUGGACGGUGCAGCAUGGCGGCUUUGGGGAAGAUAUGGCCCGGGCCCUUGAGGUGGAUGCCUCCGGAAACUCCUGGGUGGCCGGCUACACGACGAGCUCCCUGGAUGGCCACACCAAUGCGGGAGAAUCCGACGUGUUCCUCAUGAAGUUCGACACCACUGGAGUCCACCAAUGGACGGUGCAGCGUGGCGGCUCUGACCGUGAUGAAGCCAGGGCUCUUCAGGUGGACGCCUCCGGAAACUCUUGGGUGGCCGGCUGGACAAAAAGCUCCCUGGAUGGCUACACCAAUGCGGGUAUCAGCAGCGCGGACGUCUUCCUCAUGCUGUUCGACCACGCCGGAGUCCACCGAUGGACGGUGCAGCGUGGUGGUUCGGAUGAUGAUUUUGGCCACGCCCUUCAGGUCGAUGCGUCCGGGAACGCUUGGGUGGCGGGCGAUACAAGAAGUUCCCUGGAUGGAAACACCAACGCGGGUGGCUCUGACGUGUUUCUGAUGAAAUUCCAGGCCGCCAGCACGGUGACCAGCAAGACUUCGACCAGCCGCAGCACGACCUCAACCAGCACUGUGUCCAGAUCCACGUCCGUUACUACUAUAUCAACGAGAACCGCCACAGAAAGUUCAGCUGUCCUUUUCGAGCCGUUGCCGGAUGUAGAUUGGCAAGCAUCAACUCUGGAUACAGUGGGUUUGGAGCAGCUCGUGCAGAAACCGCAGAUAUCAAGCACUUUGACCCCUUCGGUAGAGGAUGGCAAAGACUUUUCCACUGGGUUGACAGCAGCGGAGGACAUUCCCGCUGGAUUGUUGGCCAUCGUCGCAGUGCUUGCUGCGCUGACCUGUUUGUUCGCCAGCCUUGGUAUUUUCUGCUGCUAUUGGAAGCUUCAAGGAGCAGCGCAAGCAGAGCUUCCCAUAUGUCACAUCUCCAAUCCGACGGCACUUCCUUCCUUGACUCCGUCGAUGGCAUUGAAACCUCUCCUUUUCUCUUGGAGCUCCAGGAUGACUGCUGAGUGGCCGCGGGGCAAAGUGCAAAAGCUUGUAGUGUCCGAAGCUGGUUUUGAAGCUUGUGGUCGCCACUAUGAAUUUUGCAAGUUGGAAAAUGGGUGGCACUUCGUUUGGGAAGAUGGCACCGUGCAGAAGGUUGAGAGCAUCCGCGGGAAUAUUCUGCAGUGGAGGACGCAGCAUCCGCAUCCAGCGUGGCAAGACUUCAGGUGGAUUUGCACUCCCAGAUGUUGCAUUGAAAAUCACCAUGACAUGAAGCCGUCAGAUUUUGGCCCCUACAGAUGCGGGUUAUGCGCACGUUCCUGCACUGCUGAAAACCAUUGGAACUGCCAGCAGCACCAGGUGCAUCUUUGCCCCGUUUGUGCUGAGCUGCCGCCGGAAGUGCCUACAUUGGGCGUGGCAGCUGCAUAUUUGGUCAACAUUUUUCCACCUCUGGCUCGCAGAGCAACUGCUGAUGAGAGUCCGAAUUUCUAUGCCAUUUGCCCACUCUUGGCACACGGCGAGAACGGCAUGGGCUAUGACAAGACAUGUCCCCGGGACGGUCGGCCUCGCUGCAGCAUCGUGGAUGCUUUGGACGAUGCACACAGCGGAAAAGUAACGCACUUUGUCUCUUGGUGCUGGGCAUAUUCUUUAAACGAUGUGGUCAGCUCCAUUGAACGAUGGCUGCAGAAGUCCGGUGAAGAUCCACUCAGCGUUUUCCUGUGGAUGUGUUUUUUCUGCAACAACCAGUAUCGCAUCAAAGAAGAGGCCAUUCAGACACCCAGUGAAGAUUUGAGGGGGAUCUUCGAAUCGCAUUUGGUAGAAGCUGGCCGGAUGCUGGUGCUGCUGGACACCGUUCUGGAACCGACCUAUGUGACCCGCGCCUGGUGCAUCUUCGAAAGUUACGUCAGCAUUGCACAAGACAUACCAAUGGAGAUCAUCCUCCCCAGAACAGCCGAGAACUUCUUCCAAGAGACCAUGCGUUGUGGCGGGAUUGAUCUUUUAACGCAAGGCGUGCACGAAUUGGACGUUCGACGCGCCAAAGCUGGAUCUCUGGCAGAUGAGGACUUGAUCAAGAGAAUCAUCCUCAACACCACGGGCUUUGACGUUGUAAAUCAUGCCGUCCGCUCUCGCUUGGUGGACCAAUUGACCGUCUUGUUUCGGGAGCUUUUGAUGCCGCGACCGCCCUGAAGCAAGUCUUUUUUCCAUCAGUUUGUUGCGGCGGGCUUAGACAUGUCUGGGUCAGUGGCUCAUGAUCAACCACAA